GCAUUCUACUCUUCUCUUGAAGUUCACCCCUGUGGCUUGGAUUUAUUAUAGUAGCAUCUGUCUUCGAUCUAUGUGUUAACUAGAAAUCCAGGAAAGACAUGAGGAGGUUUGUUUACUGCAAGGUGGUUCUAGCCACUUCGCUGAUGUGGGUUCUGGUUGAUGUGUUCCUACUCCUGUACUUCAGUGAAUGCAACAAGUGUGAUGACAAGAAGGAGAGAUCCCUGCUACCUGCCCUCAGGGCUGUUAUUUCAAGAAACCAAGAAGGGCCAGGAGAAAUGGGCAAAGCUGUGCUGAUUCCUAAAGAUGACCAGGAGAAAAUGAAAGAACUGUUUAAAAUCAAUCAAUUUAACCUUAUGGCCAGUGAUCUGAUUGCCCUUAACAGAAGUCUGCCGGAUGUAAGGUUAGAAGGAUGCAAGACAAAGGUCUAUCCUGAUGAACUUCCAAACACAAGUGUAGUCAUUGUGUUUCAUAAUGAAGCUUGGAGCACUCUCCUUAGAACUGUUUAUAGUGUUAUAAAUCGCUCCCCACACUAUUUACUUUCUGAGGUCAUCUUGGUGGAUGAUGCCAGUGAAAGAGAUUUUCUCAAGUUGACAUUAGAGAAUUAUGUGAAAAAUUUAGAAGUGCCAGUAAAAAUUAUCAGAAUGGAAGAGCGCUCUGGGUUAAUACGUGCCCGCCUUCGAGGAGCAGCUGCUUCAAAAGGGCAGGUCAUAACUUUUCUCGAUGCACACUGUGAAUGCACGUUAGGAUGGCUGGAGCCCUUGCUGGCAAGAAUAAAGGAAGACAGGAAAACAGUUGUAUGCCCCAUCAUUGAUGUGAUUAGUGAUGAUACCUUUGAAUAUAUGGCUGGGUCAGACAUGACUUACGGGGGUUUUAACUGGAAACUGAAUUUCCGUUGGUAUCCUGUUCCCCAAAGAGAAAUGGAUCGGAGGAAAGGAGACAGAACAUUACCUGUCAGGACCCCUACUAUGGCUGGUGGCCUAUUUUCUAUUGACAGAAACUACUUUGAAGAGAUAGGAACUUACGAUGCAGGAAUGGAUAUCUGGGGUGGAGAGAAUCUUGAAAUGUCUUUUAGGAUUUGGCAAUGUGGAGGCUCAUUGGAGAUUGUGACUUGCUCCCAUGUCGGUCAUGUUUUUCGGAAGGCAACUCCAUACACUUUUCCUGGUGGCACUGGUCAUGUCAUCAACAAGAACAAUAGGAGGCUGGCAGAAGUUUGGAUGGAUGAAUUUAAAGAUUUCUUCUAUAUCAUAUCUCCAGAAAUUCUCUAUGUGGUAGCCCAAGAAGCUCCAGGUGUGGUCAAAGUGGAUUAUGGAGAUGUGUCAGUCAGAAAAUCAUUAAGAGAAAAUUUGAAGUGUAAGCCCUUUUCUUGGUACCUUGAAAACAUCUAUCCGGACUCCCAGAUCCCAAGACGUUAUUACUCACUUGGUGAGAUAAGAAAUGUUGAAACCAAUCAAUGUUUAGACAACAUGGGACGCAAAGAAAAUGAAAAAGUCGGCAUAUUCAACUGUCAUGGCAUGGGAGGAAAUCAGGUAUUUUCUUAUACUGCUGACAAAGAAAUCCGAACCGAUGACUUGUGCUUGGAUGUUUCUAGACUCAACGGACCGGUAAUCAUGUUAAAAUGCCACCACAUGAGAGGAAAUCAGUUAUGGGAAUAUGAUGCUGAGAGACUCACCUUGAGACAUGUUAACAGUAACCAAUGUCUUGAUGAACCUUCUGAAGAAGACAAAAUGGUGCCUACCAUGCAGGACUGUAGCGGAAGCAGAUCCCAACAGUGGCUGCUAAGAAACAUGACUUUGGGGGCAUGAAGACUGUUUUCAAGCCAUGAAUGUGUCUACAAUUUUGUUUUUCCAUUCUUUCAAUUAAGGAAAAAUAUUAACUUUACUGAAUUGAAAGUUUUAAAAUCCUUUUAGUAUUAUUCUAAAACAGAGUUGUUUAUAAUUCAUUUUUAGGAAUGUUUACUUAUUUCCCUACUAAAAUUUGUAUCUGAUCAAAAGCACAUAAAAUAUAUAAAUAAUAGCAAGCUGUUAUUAAACAUUGGAAGAAACUUAAAAAACAAAUUGUUUGCUUUAAAAACAAAAAUCUUUAUUGCCCUCAUGUCAUAGGAUUAGUUGGGGGGUUAUUUUUAUUUUUUAUUGUCAUAGUGAUUGAGAGGCAAUGUAAAUGCCUUAUAAAAUAUCUUCCUUAUGAAAUAGUAACAAUUGUUUUAUAAACUCACUCUGUUUCUACUGGACCUUCAUGGAAACAUGUUGAAUUUCUAUGUCAACAACAAAGCCACACAUUGAAUUAUUUCCAAUCCAUGAAUUCAUUACACAAAAUAAGUUUUGAGUUUUGUACCAGAAAAAACUUAAAUUGGAUAUUGACUUCUCAUAGAGUUCUUAUAAAAGCAUCACAUUUAAACAAAAAUGAGGGGGGAAUUUGAAAAUUCAGUUAAAAUACAUUAAAUCAGAAGACACAAGCUAGACAUUGAGGAGAACGACAUGAAGCUAAAUUGCAACAAUUGAAUCAUUUUAAAAAAUAAUGUGUUUAGGUUGCAUCACUCCUAACACAGGUUGAAUGUUUAACAAUCAUAUUGGUCCCAGAGUUGAUGUCAGAAACUCAAUCCUAAACACUGUCUUCAUCUCAAAUAAACUAUACAGUCCCUUUUCACUGUAGAGAGUGUGACUUGUUACUUAUGCUGUACAGAAUUAUAGGUAAAGGGUAGAGUAUUAGCCCUAAUUUUUAAUUAUUUCACAUUUAAAGAUUUUAGUUAGGUUGCUAUUACCAUUUUAAUUUUAUAAUUCAAAAAAAUAAUGCACUGGUAUCAGAAUUUCAUUGCUAUGCUAGAAUAUCUACAGUUUUCGUUACCAGGGAAUGAAUUCAAUACACAUCCAUUAAAUGUGUAUUUUAAUUAAACUGCUAGAUGUCGUUUACCAUAAGUUAUGUAUCAAGGAACACAAUCAUGAUUAGGCUAGCUUCACAUAUUCUUAUUCUAUCUUAAAACCUUUUGUGUUCAAAAUACAUGACCAGAAGACAUGAAAAGGCAGAAAAAUCUAUCAGUGAGAUUUGUGCUAAUAAGUUUUAGUAUUUAACACCAUUUGAAAUGCACUUAAAGUUGCUCUACAAAUAUAUUUUAUUCAUUAUAAAUACAUUCAGCAGCUAAGAGAAAUUUGGAGGGGGUAAUGGAAGAUUUAAAGGCAUCCUUUAGAGAAGAAGAUACCAUGUCUUUGGCUCUCACCUUUUCUUAAAAAGCUUUAAGAGAAAAUGUUAAUCAGUUUUGCUAUAGGUAAACUCCCUCUCUCUCUCUCUCUCUCUCUCUCUCUCU